GAAGGGGGUGGGGAACGUGGAAGAGGAAUUUGAUUCCCCCCUCUGAUUUUCUCCAUUGGGUUUUUCCUUGCCAGGCUGCUCCAGUAGGAGUCUCUCGCUGCCGCCUCCUGCAGCUCCUCCUCCCGGCCUGGCCAAUGACGCGCGGGCGGGCGGUGACUGUCGCUGGGCUUGCAGCGACAGACCUCCCGGCUCGCCGGAGCUCGCCAGCUGCUCGCCAGCCCGCGGGAGGGAGGAGAGAAUUCGAAUGCUUCCGCGGUUGGCUACUCAGCGUCCUGGUCUCGAGUUGCCCCAUUGCGGUUGUCAUUCCUAACACACACACACACACACACACACACACACACACAGUUUCUUUUUAAUACCUCCAAAGAGACAAUCAUCUUCAAGCUGGCGGGAGCAAUGGUUCAUAUAACGAAAGGCGAGCUGACCCAGGAAGAAAAGGAGCUGCUAGAAGUCAUCGGGAAAGGUACUGUCCAAGAAGCCGGAACACUAUUAGCCAGCAAGAAUGUCCGUGUCAACUGUUUGGAUGAGAAUGGAAUGACUCCUCUAAUGCAUGCUGCCUAUAAAGGAAAACUUGAUAUGUGCAAAUUACUUUUACGACAUGGAGCUGAUGUAAAUUGUCAUCAACACGAGCAUGGGUACACAGCCCUCAUGUUUGCUGCACUUUCUGGUAACAAAGACAUCACAUGGGUAAUGUUGGAGGCCGGUGCCGAGACAGAUGUUGUCAACUCUGUAGGAAGAACAGCAGCUCAGAUGGCAGCCUUUGUGGGUCAACAUGAUUGUGUGACUGUCAUCAACAAUUUCUUUCCUCGUGAGAGACUGGAUUAUUACACUAAACCCCAGGGGCUGGAUAAAGAGCCAAAACUGCCUCCAAAGUUGGCGGGCCCACUGCACAAAAUUAUUACCACAACCAAUCUUCAUCCUGUCAAGAUCGUGAUGCUUGUAAAUGAGAAUCCUCUGCUGGCAGAAGAAGCAGCUCUGAAUAAAUGCUACAAGGUGAUGGAUUUGAUCUGUGAGAAAUGUAUGAAGCAAAGAGACAUGAAUGAAGUAUUGGCUAUGAAAAUGCAUUACAUCAGCUGUAUCUUUCAGAAAUGCAUUAACUUCUUAAAAGGUGGAGAGAAUAAACUGGACACUCUGGUCAAAAGCUUGUUAAAAGGCCGAGCUUCAGAUGGCUUUCCGGUAUAUCAAGAAAAGAUCAUAAGAGAAAGUAUCAGAAAAUUUCCUUACUGUGAAGCCACACUCCUCCAGCAGCUGGUGCGAAGCAUUGCUCCUGUUGAAAUUGGUUCUGAUCCCACUGCAUUCUCUGUACUUACCCAAGCCAUCACGGGUCAGGUGGGUUUUGUGGAUGUGGAAUUUUGCACUACCUGUGGAGAAAAGGGAGCAAGUAAAAGAUGUUCCGUCUGCAAGAUGGUUAUAUAUUGUGAUCAAAUCUGCCAGAAAACACACUGGUUUGCACAUAAGAAAAUCUGUAAGGAUCUAAAGGACGUUUAUGAAAAACAACAAUCAGAAGCUGCCAAAGAAAAGAGUGAAGAGGAAAACAAAACAGUGAGUUGCUUCAGCAGUGAGUCACAGACUAUAGUGGAAACCACCUCCACGCCUGCGCCCCAUCCUGGAGAAUAUAUCGUACGUUCUGCGGAGCGCAUCUGUUGUGGAGAAGUUGCCCAGUUGACUGAUACAAAGCACUUCCACCUCUACCCCUCAGCAGACCGCAUUGCCUUCACCACCUGCGUGAGAAACACUAGGAAUGGCGGACUUGAUGUCAGUUCUAACUGUGUUCGUGCAGAGCAGCUCGAGGCUGAAGCGGGGGUCUCCCAAGAGAGUUGUCAGCCGAAGGAGUCUGUGGAAGGGGAGAAAGACUGUCCUCAGAGUGGAGGCGGGUUGGAAGGCUUUCGGGAUGCUCCUUCAGGUCGGCAGGAAUCUGAGGAGUGAAAGGCAGCGUAGGUGCUGGUGUGGACGGUUUGUGCCCUGGCAGGUAGCUGGAGAGCUCACGUGACUGUGUCCUCAUGCCUUGUGACCCCUGCAUGGCACCAUGGCAGGAUUCCAUGUCUCCUAGAAUAGAGGCCUUCAAGCAAAGCUCUGUCUACCAUGCCCUGAGUUCCCAGUGAUUUCUGUACUGUAGUCAGACAGAUAGUCUAAGGGAGAAAUUUGUAUUUCAAAGUAUCGCAGAAACAUUUUUAAUUCCCUUUCUGAGGCCAGCUUCCCAGCAGUUGUUCUCAAAGCAAAAGAGAUCCCCUUCAAGAAGAAAUACAGUCUCUGGGGAACAGAGGGGCAAGCAGAACAGGUGUAGGAGAGAUAUUUUCAGGAAAGAAGAAUUUUCUAGCCACUGACAUGGGUAGUUAAACGGAUCAUAGCUUAUAUGUGAAUAAGAUGCAUAUAAAUAGCAUUUAGAAUAGCGAAGUCCUACUUACUUAGAUGCAGUGAAAUGAAGAAAAGUUGUAUGUUACAGGCUCUGUCACAGUUCAGCUCAUUGUAGUUUUUAUAUAGAAAUGAUCCUGAGCAGUCUGAACUUCAUAUAGUUCCUGCGGUGACAUUUUAUCUACAGUGUUUGUAACGUUCAUAAGUGUCAGAACUAAGGCAUAGCCAUGAUUAUCUCAGCAUGUGCAUUAAAAAGGCUGUUUCAUGAAAUCUCUGAUUCAAUAAUGGCUAAACAUAGUGUGUCCCCAGUUAUAAAACCAAUUCAUGUGCCAUAUUCCACUUGAAAGGCUUUUUUCUUCCUGUAAGCUUUUCAUGGGGCUCUUCUUGCCCAGAAACUGAUUUAUAACUGUCACUUUUAGAAUGUGCUCACACCCGUUUUUAGCAUAGGCAGUACGGAGGCCGAGCUAGGGCCUGAUUGCCGAAGACAGCGCUGUAUUUCAGAGUUUCUUGUGAUGAUUGUAAAAUAAAUCAUGCCUACUGAUAUAACCACCUCCACAUCUUGUUUCCUGGCUU